UUAUAAACUGUAAACAAAUAAAAUUCACACAAACGAAGACAUGUUUGGCCUCAGAACCCCAACUAAAAACAAGCCAUCGCCAUCCACGAGCGUAACGAACAAAGAAACCGAGGCAGAAUUGCCCUCCGCACGAGAGCCUGCCCUGACCCCGGUUAACGAAGCGCAAACAAGUAUGGGGGAAAAGGCGACCAUCUUAUCACAAACAGAAGAGAGUAGGAAAAUAGUAAACAAAGUAUAUAGAUCCCGUAUAACGGAGGCAGCGGCGUUACAACAAAGUGCGCUCGCACAACUUAACGCUGCGAGGAAUCUAAAGGGUGAUAUAAAAACCGCAGUAUCGGUCGCGGUUAAAAGGUUGUAUGAGUUGGUGCGAGACGGAGAGCUCCACGGGAAAGAUAGGAAAGAUGAAAUCACGAAUGAAGCGAAACCUGACAAAACAGACAAGCUAGAGGAAAAAAUCAGAAGGAUGGAGGAACUGAUGGAAAACAACUCGAGAAGGCAGGAAAGCUUUGAGAAAACGGUCACAGAAAGUGAGGACAGAAUCAUGGCAAAGCUGGGGGAAAUCCGCAGCUAUGCAGAAGUAGCAGCAGUUGCGAGAACCGAGCCGAGGAAUGACUGUGCCAGAACCGCAAUCAAUGACCGACCGGACCGGACCGGACUGUAUUCUCUGAUUGUCGAGCCCGGAGAGGAGACCGAGGCGGCAGAGGACACAGUCCAGAAAAUUAGGUGCUCCCUUAAGGCAAAAGACCACGGAUACAAAAUUGAAAAGCUCCAAAAGAUAAAGGGAGGGAAAGUGGUCAUCGGUUGCGGUACUGAAGAAGAACGGAAAAGGGUCAGGGAAAGGAUAACGCAUGAAGAUAAUGGUCUUACGGUAAAGGAACUCAACAACAAAAAUCCUCUGGUGAGAUUUAAAGACUUAUUAAAGUAUAACACCAUUGAUGAUAUCAAGAAAGCCCUCCAAACCCAAAAUAAGACAACGACCGGAAACCUUACCGGGGAGGACUGGGUGAUGACGGAAAAGCACCGCCAAAACGCUAGAAAUACGCACGAGUGCCACGUCAUCGUGCAGGUCUCCCCGGGGAUGUGGAAAGCGCUGACCCGGGCGGAGAAGGUACACAUUGACCUCCAGAGGGUUUGGGUAGAGGAUCGGUCCCCCCUUGUACAGUGCUCUAAAUGUCUCGGAUACGGUCACACGAGGAAGCACUGCCAAACUGAAAAACUAACCUGCUCCCAAUGCACAGGGGAGCACCUGAGGGCUGACUGCCCAAAUAAAGAAAAGACACCUGAAUGCGCAAAUUGCAGAAGAGAAGGAAUUAACAACGCAGACCACAGUGCGUUUAGCCCUGAAUGCCCAGUGCGUAGGAAGUGGGAUGUGCUGGCUAGAAGGUCAGUACAAUACUGCUAAAG